ACACCCAGCUGGGCCUGACACCCUCCUGGAGCCUCCUCAGGGGACACACCCACCCUGCUCUUCACUGCCAUGUGCCCCCUGUGGCUCUGCUGGGCACUCUGGGUGCUGCCCCUGGCUGGCCCCGGGGCGGCCGUGACCGAGGAGCAGCUCCUGGGCAGCCUGCUGCAGCGGCUGCACCUCCGCGAGGCGCCCGUCCUGGACAGGGCCAACGUGGAGCGGCUGGCCAUCCCUGCCCACGUGAGGGCCCAGUACGUGGCCCUGCUGCAGCGCAGCCACGGGGACCGCUCCCGCGGGAAGAGGUUCAGCCAGAACUUCCGAGAGGUGGCCGGCAGGUUCCUGGUGUCCGAGGCCGACAGGCACCUGCUGGUGUUCGGCAUGGAGCAGCGGCUGCCGCCCAACAGCGAGCUGGUGCAGGCCGUGCUGCGGCUCUUCCAGGAGCCCGUCCCCAAGGCCGCGCUGCACAGGCUGUCCCCGCGCAGCACCCGGGCCCUGGUCACCAUCGAGUGGCUGCGCGUCCGCGACGAUGGCUCCAACCGCACCUCCCUCAUCGACUCCAGGCUGGUGUCCCUCCACGAGAGCGGCUGGAAGACCUUCGACGUGACCGAGGCCGUGAACUUCUGGCAGCAGCUGGGCCGGCCCCGGCAGCCGCUGCUGCUGCAGGUGUCGGUGCAGAGGGAGCACCCGGGCCCGCAGCCCUCCAGCGCCCACAAGCUGGUGCGCUUCGCCUGGCAGGGGACGCCGGGUGCCGGGCAUGGGGAGCCCCAGCUGGAGCUGCACGCCCUGGACCUCGAGGACUACGGAGCUCAGGGUGAUUGUGAUUCUGAGGCGCCAGUGACCAAGGGCACCCGCUGCUGUCGCCAGGAGAUGUACAUUGACCUGCAGGGGAUGAAGUGGGCGGAGAACUGGGUCCUGGAGCCCCCGGGCUUCCUGGCCUACGAGUGUGUGGGCACCUGCCAGCAGCCCCCGGAUCCCCUGACCUCCAAGUGGCCGUUUCUGGGGCCACGGCAGUGCAUCGCGUCGGAGAUGGCCUCGCUGCCCGUGAUCGUCAGCAUCCAAGAGGGAGGCAGGACCAGGCCCCAGGUGGUCAGCCUGCCCAACAUGAGGGUGCAGAAGUGCAGCUGUGCCUCGGAUGGGGCGCCCAUGCCAAGGAGGCUUGAGCCGUAGGCGCCCAGUGCUGCCACUGAGG